AUGUCUCAAAAGUCGGGAAGAUCUUCUCCAUCUCCAAAAGAGGAUGACACUCAACUGCAGGUCCCUCCUACUCGAUCGUCCAGAUCUUCCACAUCUUCGCAGCCUGAUGUUGGACCUCAAACUCGCUCGGCUGGUCUUCCCACCCACCUCAAAUUAAAAGUCGCUACUCAAAUGAGUAGACUGCAACUCAUGAAGGACAUCUUCUCCAAGCUGUCCAACGUCUCAACAUGGACUGUGCAGGACCUGUCACACACUCAAGAGCAACUCAUCGUCAAUCCUCUCCAAAGUUUGAAAGCUCUAGGUGAAGAUCUAGAGCAGAACAACAGUCUUUUGGUGUUCCAUAACAUCAACCGUAUGGAUCACGCCUCUCGAACACAUUGGGAAACUUUCAUCUCCUCUAAUAACGAAUUUCCCUCCUUCGCUCAGUUGAUGGAGUUCCUUCAAUCUCGCUCUAGAGCUCUAGAAUGGACUGAGUCCAACCAGAGACAGUCAUCUCAAGAAUCCUCUCGCUCUCGCACAACAGUGCACACAAUUUCUCAAAAGGUUACAGCUCAAAGUAAACCUUCUCCGUCACUCAACUCAAGCAAAUCGGCCUCCUCGAACACUCCAAUCUCAAAAGUCUCUUCUAUGCCCAGCUCCACCUGUGAUGAUUGUGGACACGACCACUUUAUUGCAGAUUGCCCUCGCUUCUCCAAACGCUCACCUCAAGAAAAAGCUGAUGUAGUAUUACAUCGCAUUCUCUGCUCUAACUGCCUCGGUAGACAUCAUCGCCACCCUUGCAGAACGACAAAGAUCUGCAAAAUCUGUGGAAGUCGUCAUCACACUCUUCUACAUGAUGCUCCUCUCAGCAGUAAACCACACUGCAAAGUUCCACCGGUACCCCCUCGAGUGCUUCCUCAAUCAGCUCUCACAUCUCAAAAAUCUGCUCAAAGGGAGCUACCUCAACCACGACUCAACACUCUCCUCGCCACUGCCAUCGCCCAUCUCAUCACCUCAACAGGAUCACACACGGUUCGACUACUCAUCGACAGUGGAUCCGAGCUGACCUUCAUCUCUCAAGAUCUAGCCAGAAAACUCAACAUCUCUAGAAGGAAGUCGCAUGUUGUAAUAGUGGGAAUUCAUGGAAAGACUUCUAAGACACAAGGAUCUCUUGCCCUCACUCUCAAGUCGACGUAUGACCAUCAAACCAUAAAUAUUGAUGCUCAUAUUCUUUCAUCAUCAUUCUCUAAUUUGCCUUCCUUCUAUACAUGUUUUCAGCAAUCUCUACAUCUCCAGCAUCUCAAGUUAGCUGAUCCAGAAUACCACAUCUCAAGAGCCAUCGACAUCAUUUUGGGUGCUGAUGUAUAUGGCUCAGUUGUUCUUCCUCAGAUGAAAAAAGGCCCUCCAUCAUCUCCAAUCGCACAACUCUCAAUCUUCGGCUGGCUAAUCCUAGGCCCUGUGUGUCAAGAACAGGAACGCCUUCCAAUUCAAUCUCCAAUGUUUCACACCAUCUCACAACAGUCACAUACUGAACUAGAUCAGCUCCAUUUUUGGCAAUCAGAGUUCUUCUCCAACUUCUCAAAGAUGAGGGUCACAACUUUCCACUAGCCAUUCCUCCAUUAACGAAAGGUCGUUAUGUCGAUGAUAUUUGUGGUGGAGCAGAUACUGAACAUCAACUUCUCGAAAUUGCCAAACAACUCCAGAACCUUUGCAUGGCGGCCGGCCUUCCGCUAGCAAAAUGGCAGUCAAACGUCUCAAGUCUCUCUCACGUCGUUCAAGAGGGAGA